GAACGCAGUGUUUGUUUUCUUAAAAUGGUCCAGGAUCGCGCGCUAGCUGAUGCCCUCCAUACUGGCCUUCCUUGGUGAAAACCAUAAGAUGUAGUAUCUGGGAGAUCACGGUGGAUUUGAUGACCUUCAUCCAGACUUGGUACCGAGUAAAGAGGUCCGCCAGGACCCCCAAUUAUGUGUUGUGCUGGGGUUAUCCAAUACGCUACCAGGAGAUGGCGGGUUAUGCCUCAGAUAAUUGUUUAGACGUGGCUUUGACCGGAGAACCAGACACAACCAGAGCCAAUUGCUGUGGUCGUCCAAAAAGAUGAGGAAGUAAAGCUUACCAUGGGGGGUGGCCAACCUGAAAAAAGAUGCAGAAGGCACAGGAAGUAUACUAACUGAAUACAUAGAAGGCACAAAGGACAUAGAA